CCCGGCUGAGGCCUGGAGCUCUGGCCAGGUAACUUCGCCAGGCGCGCCCGGGACUCCCCAACUCUCCGGGCCAGCUGGGGCGCACGGGCAGCCCCGGGACAAGGGCGCAUGGAACUCAGCUACCCAGGGGCGCACGGGGGCCCCAUCCCUCUAGACCAAAGGGAGCGCACGGGGGUCCCCAUCUCUCCGGACCAAGGGAGCGCACGGGGGCCCCCAUCUCUCCGGACCAAGGGAGUGCACGGGGGCCCCAUCUCUCCGGACCAAGGGGGUGCAUGGGGGGCCCCAUCCCUCUAGACCAAAGGGAGCGCACGGGGACCCCAUCUCUCCGGACCAAGGGGGUGCACGGGGGUCCCUAGCUCUCCGGCUCAAGGGGGCGCAACGGGGGACCCUAGCUCUCCGGACCAAGGGGAUGCAUGGGGGCCCCAUCCCUCUAGACUAAAGUGGGCGCAUGGGGGUCCCUAGCUUUCCGGCUCAAGGGGGUGCACGGGGGUCCCCAUCUCUCCGGACCAAGGGAGGCGCACACUAGUUCAUCCUGCUCGGGCGCAGGGUGGCAAUAAGGAGUUCCCCAUCUCUCUCAGCUCUGGUUAGUACAGGUUGGGGGAAGAGACCCUCGGCAUUGGGAGCUGCUUCCUGUUGAGACUGGGGAGCCCCCCGGGGUGGAGAGAGAGAGGAGAUCCAGCUCUGCUGCCCCUUGCAUCACGCAGGAUACAGUGAUCAGCUGCUCCUAAACUCUCUCCUGGCUCAGCGGGUCGGGAUGUUAUUCCAACGUCCUGCUUAUUCAGAGGCUCAUCAGGUGCCGCCUGUCUGUGCCGUGUUCCCUGCCCAGUGUAUUAUUUUGGCUGCAUCCUCCGGCUCAGCCUGGUGCUAGGACGAGCCGAAUGGUAUUGGCCAGCUUCCAGCAUGACAGGCUCCCUCUGGGAAUGACAUUUAUUUCGCUCUAUUCAGUGCUGGUCUUUCCAUAGGCUCUGGGCUGGCCCCAAAGGUGAUUCAUGCCCUGAAGAUUCCUUCCUCAACUUUCUGUGCAAUUUCGUCUCAUUCCUCUCUUGCCCCCUCUGCUGUUUUCCAUGUCAUGUAGGGAAAGCGUGAGCCCUGGUCUCUGAGCUAAGAGUCAGACUCAAACUAGAUGGACAAGUCCUGCCUUGUGCCACUAGAGUUUUUUCGGCCCUCACUAAUCCCAGCUCUCUACCCCCUUUCCCUCAGCAAUAUCUCGGAGUGAUAGCUACCUGCCCCAUUCAAAAGAAACAGGAGCACCCAUUUAUUCCCAAGACUUUGGAUCAGACAUUUAUUCCUGGUAGGGUGACCAGAUAGCAAGUGUGAAAGCUCCUGCUAUAACAGAUGGAGAGAUGGAAAAACUGUGAACUCUCCUUCACCCUCUAACAUUUUGAGUUUAGACUGAAUGUAAAGUAAAUUGGAGGAUGUUGUGGUGAGGCGGGAGAGCAGCAGUAGGGAGAUGGAGCUCCCUGGUAUGAUAUAUUUUAUCCUGAAGAGGAAGGUCUUUCUUCUGGUUACAGUACUGGGAUGGGAUUCAGGAGAUCCAGUGUUAAUUCCUGACUCCUCCAUGCAAUCUCUGUGACACUUUGGCCAAAUCAAGGAUGAUUUAGUUGGGUGUUGGUCCUGCUUUGAGCAGGGGGUUGGACUAGAUGACCUCCUGAGGUCCCUUCCAACCCUAAUCUUCUAUGAUUCUAAGUCACUUAGGCGUGGAUUGUCAAUGGGAGAAAUCCCAGCUUGCUGUCAUCUGUAAAUUUUGUAAGUGUACUCUCCACUCUGUUAUUUAAGGCAUUAAUGAAAAUAUUGAAUGGUACUGGACCUAAUUCUGACCCCUGUUGAGUCCCCCUUUGGUUCCUUCCCCCAGUUUGACAGCGAACAGUUGAUCUGAUUUUUGAGUAUGGUCUUUCAACCAGUUGUGUGCUCACCUGACAGUACUUUCAUUUAGACCACAUUUCCCUGGUUUGCUAAUGAGAAUUUCAUGUGGCACUUUGUCAACCCCCUAAGUAAAAUCCAGAUAUAUCACAUCUGCAGCUUUUUUCCAUCUACUUGGCCAGUAACUGUCAAAGAGAGAAGUUAGGUUGGCUUGUCAUGGUUUGUUCUUGACAAAUCCAUGUUGGCUAUUCCUUAUAUCCAUAUUAUCCUCUCAAUGCUUUGGGGGUUGCAAAGGAUUGUGGGUUCAGGGUCACAGGAAGAACCAAUGUGAGCGGUUUUUGGGUGCAGUGAGCAGGAUGGGUAAGCAGGGGUGAGUUGAGAUGUUUCCUUCUUAUGUUAAACUUUGCGAUCUACUGAUAAGAGUUACACUAGACAAGUAUGUAUUAUUAUUACUUACUUACUGCUCCAUGCUGUUUAUCUCUCAUCCACAUGUUGCUUUCUGUCAUGCACUUAGAUUGUAUAUUCUCUGGGGGAGAGGCUGUAUUCUUGUCUGUACAGUACCUGUCUGUGGCCCCUCAGCGCUAUUGUAAUACAAAUAAGGAGGGAUAGCUGGGCUGGGGGUAGGAUCACUUUUGGAUAGUUUCCCAUGGGUUGCACAGAUUGUUCGCCUUUCAAGUGCUGCCUUAUAUGACCACCACCAGCUGUGGCAGUGCACAGUAAUUGUAAGUUGCUCUUAAAACAGAGCUUACUUUCUACACCACUAAAGGAGAGGCUUAAACAGCAUGUCGGUACCUAUGAAGUUACACAUGUGGAGUGCGUGUGUUUAAAGAAAAAUCUGUAAUUAUCAUGUUUUAAAAGGCAGCUUUGUUUUGUUGAGCAUCUUUCACACAAAGUAUCCAGGAAAUGCUUUAGUUUUGCAAAAUUACCAUUAACUAUCAGAGGGAGGGAAAAACCCACAGCAGUCAAAGAGGGCAAAGGAAAACACGCGUAUCUUUAGAUGAGAUUUGAAGCUAGAUAGAGAAUCGGCGAAGCGAUCCUGGGAGGCUGCUCCAGAUGGCAGGAGCUCAUGCCAGCAGUGCUGAAGAGACAGAAGAGGCCGGGUGCUAGCUGAACUGAGGUGAGUAGCAGAGAAGAUCUGGUAGAGGGUUUUCAAAUAGAUGAGGAGCAAUUUUGAACUGUGCCCUGAGAUGAAGGGGGAACCGGUUGUCAGAAGAGGGGUGAUGUGGUCAGACUUCUUUACGUAUGUGAGAAAAGGGGGUGUGCUGGAAUGUGGAGAACUAGGACUCAAAAGGGAAAGGUGGUCCAAUAGUCAAAGUGGAAGGAGAUUAUAGGGGUCAGGUGAAAUUCUUGCCCAUGUCUAUGUAUCCUGUGUACACAUCUGGAAAUGGGUAUUGUGAAGUGUUGGAAGGCCUGCUUAAUGUUUGUGACAGGCAGCACUCCUCAGGUGGCAAGUCCUGUAGGAGUGCAAAAUAUUUCUCUUGUUCCAGCAGAGGUGGAAUUGAGAUGCUGCCCUCCAUGAGCAAUGUUACAAAGCAGGGCAGGUGAUGUGACGGGCAGACCUUUCAGGCGCAGAAGGCACGGGAGGAGAAGAGUUGAGGCCCAGGGAUGACUCUUAUACUUGGAGCUCAGUCUUAAAACUUUUUCAGAAUGCAGGAGCCUGCCACUUAAGUAGAGUAGAUGGCUGAGAACACAUCCCACCCGUGCUCUGCACUCUACUCUGGCUGCCAGUCUGAUAAUGGGUCCAUUUCCAAGUCCUGGUCUUUAAGGACCCAACUGGGCUAGGACCUAGUGGCCUAGAAGAGCAUCUCUCACAACACACCUCCCCACAACAGGAUGAUGGCCUCUAUGCCCCUCCGGGUGACCUGCAGUCUGAUCUCCUGGCUGUCUCUCUACACCUGGUUCUGCCAUCGGUAUAAGCACAGGAGUUAUGAGUGGAGCUGCCGGCUGGUCACUCUGACCCACGGUGUCCUCGCCACCUGCCUCUCUGCUUACAUUGGUUUUAUCGAUGGCCCCUGGCCUUUGACUCACCCAGGGUCCCCGAACACAACCCUCCAGGUGCACGGGCUGUGCCUGAGCUUGGGCUACUUCCUCUUCGACCUGGGCUGGUGCAUAUACUUCCAGGCGGAGGGUGCUCUGAUGUUGGCCCAUCACAUGGUGAGCAUCUUGGGAAUCACAGUGUCUCUGGCCCUGGGUGAGUCGGCUGCUGAAGUCAACGCCGUCAUCUUUGGCAGCGAGAUCACCAAUCCGCUGCUGCAGGCCCGCUGGUUCCUGCGGGAGAUGGGGCUCUACCACAGCUUCACGGGGGACGUGGUGGAUUUCUUCUUCGUGGCCCUCUUCACGGGCGUGCGGAUCGGGGUCGGGGCCUGGCUCAUGUACUGCGAGCUUGUGUCACCCAAGCCCAGGUGGUUCAUUAAGGUGGGGGGGGUGAUUAUGUACGCGGUCUCCUGGGUUUUCAUGGUCAGCAUUUGCCGCUUCGCUAGGAGGAAAAGCAUGAAGAAGUACCAUGCCUGGAGGAGCCGGAGGAACGAGGAGCUGUACUCGGAAACAAACGGCUAUCUGAAGAGUCAUUAACCCUGCGGACUCCAAGUUCACGAUCUUGCAAGAAGGGGAUCGAGCCCCUGGACUGGAAGGUCAUUCUUGGGAGAUGAGCCAUUUAACAUUAGAGAGAACUGAGCCAAGUGCAUCCCUGGUGUAACGCCAUUGAAGUCAGUGGAGUUACACCAUCAAUGCAUUGAGUCUGGGGAGUGUUACCUGGAAGAGACUGGAUUAGAGGUGUGCUGUACGUAUGUAGACAUAUAGCAAACUGCGUGAGUGGGGAAAGGGCUUAAUUUACAAUUAAAGCAGUUGCCAGUGCAUCAGCACAGGUGUAAAUUGCAGUGUUAGUGGCUGACUCCUUCAGCACUGAUCUAAUCUUGAAGGAGAUAAGAUCAAGCACUAGGUCUCCGUGUUCAAUGUACUGCACAGUGCACGCACCUAGUGUGUCUCUGAUUUCCUGCUCAGAAGAGGUGUGGUCUAGUGGUUGGCGUGGGGAAACUAGGGGUCAGGAUUCCUGGCUCUGCCACCAACUCGCAAGGUGAGUCGCUUAGCUCUCUUUGUGCCUCGGUUUCCCCAUCUGUAAAGUGGGGAUAAUGAGGCUGAUCCACACCUCUGUGAAGCACUUUCAGAUUCUUGGGUAAAAGGGGGUCUGUAUAUGCAAAAUGUGGUAGAUAUUUAUUAUUAUCUUGGCAUUUCCUUUGGAAGAGAGAAGCUUGGCGGUUGAGCCAGAAUGCAAGUGAGUCAGUAUUAUUUUUCUUCUGGUUGCUUGUAAUUCUUUAUGAAUUUAUUUAUUUCUGUUAUUUCUGUUACAGUAGCGCCCAGAAUCGAGGCCUCGGUGUACUAGGUGCUGUACAAACACACACACUGAGGCAGUCUCUGACGCGAAGAGCUUACAAUGGCUUUUCCCCCCAGCUCACUCCUUCCCACCCCUGAUCGUUAAAAACGAUACUCACAAUGUUGUUCUCGGUUCCCUCUCCAGUAGUCAGGUGUCUAACUGCUCCCAUCACAAAAAGCCACAUCAGCAAGGGGCUAUAACUGCCCCACUUGCUGGCUGUCUCCGGAGGUGGGCUGAUCUGCCCAUGGAGACCGAAUUCCCCUUUGCGAUGUUUCCCAUCUGUCCAGGGACAGGGGAUAGCACAGAGGAAGCUUGCUUUGCUGCUUAGCGUGCUCUAACUUGUGGAUAAAUGACAUAGUUAAGGCUGGUCAAACCAACAUCUCUCUCCAGCAGUAAAUUCAUUUAAAAACCUAAAUCUUUAAGUAGGAUGAGACUGGCAGCUCGCAGAGUAACAACCAGAUCCUGACCUUGGUUAACCUAGAGUAAAGGCAAUGCAUUUCCACUGUGGAUUUAAACCAGUGUAUCUGAAACCAGAAUCUGGCCUAGUGUUGCCUUUGUGAUAGCCGGCUGACCUGUACAUAGGAAAGCUGUGUUGCUGACAUUGGCCCCAUGCACAGAUUCUGCUGUGUUGGGGAAACUGUGUUCCAGUUUUCAGAUGCUGUUGUGUUUGUCUCGCUGCAGUCUCUUAAGCACAAUUUGGUUUUGAUCCUGGCCCUUUUACGUGUGGAUUCCGCCAUGCACGAAUCUACAGUUCAUAUUUCAGUUCUCCUGUAGAUGUCACCUGUUGCAACCAAAGAACUGACAAGCGAAUUGCCACAUGCCAGCUUCAGGUGAACAGAGCUGACAGAAGGGCAGGCCAGCCCUCAAAGGGAAACUCCACCUGUUUUGCUCGGUGCAGUGAUACAAAUGUUCACUCUUGAAGGGAGGUAGGUGGUUAGCACAGGUAAGUGGUAAUCAGGACUCCUGGGUUCUAUUCCUGGCCCUGCCACUGACCUGUGUGUCAUGUGACCUCUUUGCUUCAGUUUACCCAUCUAUGAAAUGGGUAUAAUAUUGACCUACCUCACAGGGGUGUCUUGAGGCUUAUCAACAGUAAAGCACUUUACCCACCUAUGGUGAGUGCUUUCAGGUCUCUGGUGAGCAGUGCUGUAUAAGUGUAGAGUGUUACUGCUGUGAUUUGAGAACUUUCCCCCAGGGUAUAUAAACUAUGAAUUAUAACUGGGACUAAACUUUCUAACUCAAACAUAGCACUUCUCAAUCCCUGGCUUACUCAAAUCACAAAACCCCAGAGGGAUGUGAUGCUUUUGAACAGUGUUUACAGGCAGGAUUCUGAGAGGUACCAGUUGCUACUGUGAACUGGAAAUAUAUUUAGGGGCCAGUCCUGCAAUCUCUUCUCAGGUAAAGUUUCUGUUUGAUUAAAGCGAGGGUGGUGGGGUUGUUUGCCCACGUGGUGACUACAGGAGUAUGUCUGGAGUCUCAACCACCUCCUGCAGUGGGCCUGAACCUGAAAAUCUUUUUGUGUGGACCUCUCAUCAGUCAAUAAAGGGUUUGUGCAGGGAAGGCUUGAAGGUUGGAGUCUCAAGUAGGCUUAGAAGAAAGCUGAGCCUGGUAUGUUCUAAUUGCCGGCCAGGAAUGGUUCCAUGCGCAGACCUGAUGGUUUGGAUUGAGACCUAGAUCUUCAGAAAAGUUUGGUGUGCAGUUGCAUUCAAAGUUGAUGCCGUUACAUGCACAAAUGGUCGAGUAGCCAUGGUGGUGCGUGCAGUGGAAGUAGUAGCACGUGCAAAUUAGAUAGGCACUUUGCACGAGCCGGUGUGCACUUAGAAAAAUAUGAGCUGUAAUGGCCAAGGAGUUCCUUUAUUUGUGCUUCCGAGAGCAGAAAGGGGACUUGUUGCAGAGCCUCUGAUGAGGCUGUUUAGAAUGUUAUACAGGGGUGCCCGAAGACAAAAAGAGUAAUUGACAGUGGCUUUGCAGAAAAGAGAUGGCAAGAAUGCUUCUAGCAAAGGCCUUGUAGUGCCUGCAGUGGGCACAAGUGCAGAAUCAUGGACCCAGGGAGAGGGAAGAUACCUUGCCAUCUGAGUGAAGCACAUGGUGGGAGAGAAUGUCCCAAAUUACACUGAGUAGAAGGGCUAACCCAUGGUGUCUGGAACAGAUGUGUGGGACCAGUGUGAAAUACUAACUUGUGUUUGAAUUACUGUGUAAUAAUUAUUAAUGUUCCACCGGUGGAUGGUGUAGAAGCUUUCUAUUACAUUUUAUAAAAUAAAGACACUUUAACUAUACAAGGAA